UUUCGGAAUGUUCGUUUUCGAAAGUGGAAGAGGAGAGAGUCAGCGAGAGCCGCUCGAAUUAAAUGAAAAGCGGCUUGAUUAAUUAAACGCGACCCGGAUGAUUGAUCUCUCGAGCAGAAUGUGAGAGACGGAGAACAACAUGCUGCUCAAGCGCAUCAGACAGCACAGUGUCGGCCGGGCGAAGGUGGCUCAUGCCGUGGUGGUCAUCUUCAUGGAGUUUUUCGCCUGGGGUCUCCUGACCACGCCGAUGCUGACCGUCCUGCAUGAAACAUUUCCACAGCACACGUUCCUCAUGAACGGCCUCGUUCAGGGCGUCAAGGGAUUUCUGUCGUUCAUGAGCGCUCCUCUGAUCGGUGCCUUGUCUGAUGUUUGGGGCAGAAAGAGCUUCCUGCUGCUCACAGUGUUUUUCACCUGCGCCCCCAUCCCACUAAUGAGGCUCAGCCCAUGGUGUUUUUUUGCUCUGAUGUCCUUGUCUGGACUUUUCGCUGUUACGUUCUCUGUCAUAUUUGCGUAUGUGGCUGAUAUUACAGAAGAGCAUGAAAGAAGCACAGCAUAUGGACUGGUUUCUGCGACGUUUGCGGCGAGUUUAGUGACGAGUCCGGCUAUAGGAGCGUUCCUGUCCCUGCACUACGGAGACAGUCUGGUGGUUCUUCUGGCCACCAUCAUCGCUGUGGCUGAUAUUCUGUUCGUUCUGCUGGUGGUGCCCGAGUCCCUGCCGGACAAAAUGAGACUGUCGUCCUGGGGUUUGCCUAUCUCCUGGGAGCAGGCCGAUCCUUUCGCUUCUCUGAGGAAGGUGGGUAAAGACUCCACAGUGCUGCUGAUCUGUGUCACAGUGUUCCUGUCGUAUCUCCCCGAGGCCGGACAGUAUUCCAGCUUCUUUCUCUAUCUGGGACAGGUCAUUAACUUCUCCUCAGAAGCGAUUGCAGCGUUUAUUGCGAUGGUGGGAAUCCUGUCCAUCAUAGCACAGACGUUACUGUUAAGCGUCCUGAUGAAGAAGAUUGGGAAUAAAUGCACAGUGCUGCUUGGACUGGGGUUUCAGUUGUUCCAGCUGGCUUGGUACGGCUUCGGGUCUGAACCGUGGAUGAUGUGGGGGGCUGGUGCUGUGGCUGCUGUGUCCAGCAUCACCUUUCCAGCCGUGAGCGCGCUGGUGUCUCGCUGCACGGAUCGCGACCAGCAGGGUGAGAGACGAAACACAGCAACACGCUCGUCAAUACUGUUCAAAACCACCUUCUUACUCAGUUUUACACAUUACCCCGUCACGCCGGACACUGAAGAGAAGCGUGUGAUUCCUGGCCCUCCCUUCCUCUUUGGCGCGUGUUCGGUUCUUCUGGCUCUGCUGGUGGCGGUUUUCAUUCCCGCUCAACACGCUCCAGCGCUGAAGACGGAGUCUGCGAGCGGCGUCACGGAGAACGGAUCGGUUCCUGUGAGCGACGAAGACAACGAGCCUCUUUUACAGGACAGCAGUUUAUAAGCCCAGGAGGAAACUCCUCUGGUUUGGGUUUUAUUCCAGCAGCGUGUCUGACAAAGCCUUUUACUGAAUGUCUAAACAUCUGUCUUUUCUUUUCUUUUUUUUUUAUUUUUUUUAUAUCCUUCAGUCUUUGAAAGAGAAUGUGCCUUCACCAUAUUUUGGCUUGCACUGCAAAACAUGAU